AUGGUCACCGCUGCACUCACCACGCUCGAGGUGCAGGAGCGGCUGGCGGCCCUCAAGGCGCUGCUGCAGGACGUGGGGCCCACAAUUGCAAAGUGCCUGACGAAACUCGUGCUCUCCAGCUCCAACAAGAAACCCACUCCAGCCGAGGCGCUGAAGUUUUUGGCAGCGGAGCUUGUGGCCGUGGUGGACGCAGGAUCGGCAGACGGGCAGGAGAGCGGGCAGCCCACCAUCAAUGGAGCUGGGAGCAGCAGCAGCAGGGAGGAGGCGACAGCCGUGUCGCUGCCAGCCGCCGCCCCGCCAGCUGCCGGCAGCCUCGUCGCCGCCGCCACCGCCGCCCUGCCAGAGGACAGCCUUCCUGAUACUGUUGAUGCCUGCGCCGAAGCAGAGGCCACGCCGCGUCCAGAGAGCAGCGGUAGCCAGGUGCAGACGGAUGCUUCCACCUCUCCUGCUGCUGCCGCGGCAGAGGUGGAGGCGGCCGUCGAGGCAGCUGCAGGACAGGAGGCAGAGCCUGUGACUGCAGAAUCUGUGCUGUGUGCCGCAGCAGAGGAGCCAGAGGCAGCGGAGCCUGCCGCAGCACAGGACGCUGAGGCAGCAGAGCCUGCUGCACCACAGGAUGCUCCAGAGGCGGAGGAGGCAGAGCCUGUUGUGGCGGAGCAGGCGCCUGCCAAUGCAGCAGAGCCUCCCGCAGCAGCGGAGGAAGUGGAGCAGGAGCCUACUGCUGUGGAGGAGGCAGUGCAGGAGGCACCCGCUGCUGCUGAGGAGGCAGCGGAGGAGGCAGAGCUUGCCCCCGCAGAGGAGACAGUGGGGGAGGCACCGGCCGUGGCGGGAGAGGCUGUGGAGGAGAAGCCUGUUGCACCAGCAGAGGCAGAGGAGGAGGUGGUGGAGGAGGAGAUUGGUGCAGCCGAUGUGUUCAGGGCGGCAGAGGAGCCAGAGGCAGAGAUUGCAGCUCCCGCCAGCCCACCAGCAGCCACACCUGCUGCGGACGGCGGCGAGCAGCUGGAUGCAAAGGUUGCAGCCGACGCUGCCAGCCCUGCCCAGCACAUCGACGGCAUUCCUGCAGCGGGCGGGAAGGAGGCUGGGGCGGGUGCCCCGCUGAACUGCGCUGCUGGCGAGGUCGUGGGCGAGGAAGAGGUGGCGGACUUUUCAGCUGAAGUGGUGGUGACAGCCCCCAGCAAGAGCGAGCCGCUGCGGCUGUUGGGAGAGGCUCCUGCCGAGGGCAGCGAGGCAGAGGUGCCAGAGCUGCCAGAGUGA